AUGUCUGGUCCUCAGUUCGCCAAAAAGGUGGAAAACACUGAUGCUUUAUCUACUAUUGCAAAAUUUAAGAAGAAACACGCUGCCAAAAUUAAGGAAGAUGAUCACCAAAUUUUACUUAGACCCUCCUAUGGUUCUGUUGGAAUUCCUACUAAUGUGGGUGUUAACUUCUUUAAUUACCAUGUUAAAGAAUUAAGAUUAUUCUCUUAUCAUGUUGAUUUACAACUGAAGGUUGCCACUAAAUUGAAGCUUAAAAGUGCUGUAGCUAAAAUCUUGGAAGCUGAACCAUUCAAGAGUAAGCGUUCCCAGAUCUUCUAUAGAGACAAAAAUACCUUAUACUCAACUUUACCUUUGCCAAUUGAAGAUGUAGUUCUAUACCCUGUUGCUGAUGGUGUUGCUGUUAAAGUUCAAUAUAUCAAAGAGUUGAAUUUUAAGGAUUUACUUGAUUAUGUUCAAUUGCGUACUUACACCCGUGAUUUUAAUGAAAUUCAAGAAUACACUAAUGCAUUACUUGCAGUUAUUGGUAGUAAAGCUUUACAAGAUCAAAAUGUUGUUGGGUUGGGAUCUAAUAAAUUUUUCAUCUUUGAUAAAAAGUCAGAACAACACGAUUUCCAAAAGGGGUUGUUUAUUACAAUGGGUACUUUUGCAUCAAUUAGA